CAUAGAUAUUGCGCGCUUCUCGCGAUUCUCUCUCGUACCCAUUACGACGUCAGCCAAAUUUGAACUUCGCCGUAUAUGGAUGAUUUUAUAAUGGCAUGUGUUAUUGACGCUGUUGCUUCGACAGAUAAGUGGCCACUUAUAUGUAAUAACAGCAAGAAUAUAUUAAUAACAGCACUAUAAAAUCUUUCAUACAUCAUUAGAAAUGGGCACUAUAAAAUUAUACAACCUCAGAUUUAUGCAGAGUUGGCAACGUCUUGGGCAAUCUAUCAAUCAUGCUGCAUCCAGAAAAAAAAUGGUGGCUUGUCACUGACACCAGUCAACCGUGUUCGUAUUGCCCUAUGGAUAGCAUGGGACUGUAUGUUUUGCCGUGUAUAUGUUUUGUGGUCAUCUCAAUGAACUGUCAACAAUGUUGACAGUUCAUUGGGUCAUCUCAAUUUUUCUAGGUUAAGGUUAAGUUUAGGAUCUUGUUCCCGUCGAGAGGAAACUGUUAUGUUUAGGUUUUAUCUUUAAAUACAGUGAAAGAAGUGUUAUAGUAUUGCAGGAUCAGUCACUAAAUUUUAAUCAGAACUGUUGUCAAAAUAUAAUGCGACAUCAAUAGUCAAAGAUUGAUACAAAGGCACUAGGUAUUAUAGCUAUGGCUGGGCCAGAAAAUACCUUCAUUCAAAGAAACUUGAAUGCCGAUGAAAAUUAUUAUGGUCCAGAAGACAAUUUAGGGAGGCCAGAUUUGACUAGAAGAUUGCCAGUACACGAUGAUUAUGUCUCAAAUAGGGAAGCAUAUAUACAGUAUUCAAACCGUAUAUACCACAGUCAUGAAGAUAUGACACUGAAGCACUAUAUUGGCUCAGGAGUAGCAUUUGUAAGCUUAGUAGCCGAAAACUUGCUGAGCCAUCCAUUUCUGGUACUUCGAAGGCAAUGCCAGGUCCACCAUAAUUCACACAGAUACCACCUUCAGCCUUUUACUUUGAUACCUGCUAUUUAUCAUCUACACCAGCACCAAGGUUUCACAACUCUGUGGAAAGGUCUGGGGUCAGUUUUGCUAGUGCGUGGAAUGACCCUUGGUGUUGAGGAUUUGAUAUCGAAGGUUACUCCAUGGCCAAAGGAAAUCAGCUGGCACAGUAGUUUAAAGCAGUUUUUUCAGCACACAGUUUUGAAGUGUGUAAGCUUAGCCAUAGUCACCCCAUUCUACUCAGCAUCAUUUGUGGAAACUGUGCAAAGCGAAAUAGCUAGCGAAAAACCGGGAAUUUUAGACGUGUUUAGAGAAGGUUUUGCACGCCUUCUUCACUGGGGUGCACCAGCUAAGGGUAGAAUGCUGCCAAUAUGGGCCCUUAUUGUACCUACAGUCACACUAGGACUUGCAAAGUACCUAUUUUCAAUGAUGGUUAAAGGAGCGGCUGUUAGAAUACUACAAGCUAACUAUAAAACUAGACAUGAAGCAAAUGGAGCAUUGCCAAAAGAUCCAAAUCAUUCAGCAAUGAUGCAGGAUAUUGAGUUGACAGCAUCAAUCAUUGCAGCAAUAUCCAGUGAUGUAGCUUUCUACCCUUGUGAGACUGUUGUACAUAGACUACAUUUACAGGGUACCAGAACAAUAGUUGACAACUUAGACAAUGGAAGGUCUGUGUUACCUAUCCUGACAAACUAUGCAGGUGCCAUUGAUUGUUAUGAAAGUUGCCUAGCUACAGAGGGUGUAUGUGGACUGUACAAAGGUUUUGGCGCCUUGAUUCUUCAAUAUUCGGCACAUAUUGCUCUCCUUAGAAUGUCCCAUUUCAUUCUUAAUCAAAUUGGUUCUCUUCUGAGGAAACCAGAACAGAAAGUACAACCACCUAUUGAUGUGUCACCACCAGCAAUCUCAAAUAUUACAAGUUCAAGGAGAUCCUACUUACUUCCAUAGUUUUUUCUAGUCAGAAUUGUUGAUGUUUUGUUUUAUUUUGGAUUUAUUUUGAAUUUCGAAGUCUUUGUAUUGUAUAUGUACCCUAGAGCCAGACUAGGUUAAGUCCAUUUUUGUCAAAAAUGAGUUUAACAUGUUAUGUUUACGAUAAUAUUGUGAGUUUUCAUUUGCUACAUGCAGCGUCCAUCUCUGUAAUAAUAAAGAAGUUCCGACUUUUUAACUCAUGUCAAGUCCCAUACAAUACAAUGCACGAAAAAUAUUUGAAAUACAACUAUUUCAGAACUACUUAUUUGGACUUAGCCUAGUCUGGCUCUGAGGUACAGAUAUAUUGUGAAUCAAAUUGAUAGCGAAUUCAUAAUUUUUUAUUGUAACUAAGUGUUUAAUAAAGUAUUGUAAAUUAAUA